GGAAACGUUAUUUUAAGCUUAAUUGGUUCUUAUUGACAAUAAUCACACAUCGAAGGCAGUUGUUUAUUGCUUUUAAAAUACGCUUUUGUGCGGAAACAUUUCAUGUUAGUGCAUUGCAUCGCUUGACAAGUCGCCGUUGUUGUCCAACCUUGCAUACAUUCAGUUUUGUGUUGCAUUCUCGUUAUUUCUUGUGCAGGUGAUAAAGUUGUUCGUUUAGUUCCGCAAACUGUGAAUCAAACGGUGAAUAAACGGUACGAAAAGAAACGAAAAACGGUCCCUAAACCAUUAGUCGAGACGCGUGUGUACAUUACGCAGUGCAUUCCCCGCAAUUGCACGCAAUCGAUUGCAGGUUCAACGAACGCGAAAACAUUUAUUCGCCCUCCCCCACCACACACGCACACACACACGCAUUUACAAGUGGUUGCGAGGCGGGUUUUCCUGCUCCGUAAGCCAAGCUGUUUUUCACACGUAACCAAAAUGGUUUUCGCGAGCUACAACAGUGCCUCGUACUUGCUGCCGCUGGAUAAUGAUCAGAGCGUGUCGUUCUAUCGGAACGAGAACCGACUGUUCCCAACUGCCAUCGGCCCAUCCGCGGGUGGUGUUGCACCCCCACCCGGAAGAAACAACAGUACCACCUCCGCCAACGAUAUGAGCAUUACCGACAUGCUGACCGCAGCGUACCAUCACGAGAUGCAGCAGCAGCACCCGGCCGUCGGUGGCAGUGGUGGUGGCGCUAGCGGUGGCAACAUAACCGCGGGUGAUUGCCCUUUCGGCCGGGUUCAAUCACCAGCCGCCCAACAGCAGCAGCAGCAACAACACCAGUCGUCCCACCAGCAACAACAGUUGCCGGUGCAGCAGUACCAUCGUUUCGGAGGAACCGUUGCCAUGUGCGAUGAUUUCCAACCCGUCGGUUACUUUAACGGGUCCUCCAACGGUUACUAUGGGUUUGUCCCGUCACUAGCUCCAACAGGUGGUGGUGAUGGUGAUGGUGGAGCUGGUGGACAUACGAGCAAUAACAACGUUCUUCCGGGUGCUGCCGUCAACAACAGCAGUCGCCACCCCGCUGCAACAGCGGCAAAUGUCAACGGUCACCUGUCGGCAAUCGAUUUCCAUGGCAACCAACACCAUAUCAGCUGUAACGAUGCCGGCGAACAAAACAAUAAUAAUAACAAUAACAACAGCGGGGAUGACGCCGGGAUCUUCCAACUGCAACUACCGUUCCCGGUGCAACGGAUCGCACAGAAGCGCAAGGAGUUUAAUCAGUCGCAACAGCACGAAGACGAGGAAAUGGACACGAAUGUACAGCUGGCAGCAGCAGUGGGACAGCAGUAUCCGAAACGACGAAAAACCGACCCGGACCAGACCGGCAGAAUGGGGGGUUUCCCCGUAACGACGAGUGGCCCAUUUCCUGGAAGCAAUAGUGGAGUAUCGUACCAGCAUCAGGUAGAGCUACACGAGCCGUCCGUUGACGCGAUGGAAUGUCAGGAUCCGGCUACCCAGCAACAUCCCGCCGUGACGUUGCAAUCCAACCCUAAUGGAUUCCAUACCGUGGACAUCCAUCAUCCCGCCGGACAACAGCCGACAAGCAAGAUUCAGAGGAGGGACAUACUGUUGGACAGCUUCAUCGGUGCUAGGGACGAUCGUGUCGCGUCGCCGUGUCCAGCCAGUGUUCCAGGGCUUCCGGGUUGUUUGGAUCGUACCGCGGGGUACCGCGGGCACGACAAGAAGGGUGGCCACGGGUGGGAUCUGGAUUUGUUCCACAGCUUGCACGGUACUGGUGGCGGUUACCGGUGUAACUGAUUGUGCAAGGAGGGGGUAGAUUUCAUGUAGCCUUGUUAAACGAUAGAGAACCUCCCCCAAAGGUAGUACACACACCCGCCCCGGUGUAUCUGACGAGUAGCAUUCAUCCAUCGUCUCCACUAAACUGACUGCACUUUACGUUCUACGAUGUACCUACAAACACGGAAGGCGAAAGCCUUCCCGAAUGAAUACGUCCUUUCUUUUUAAUUACUGUACUACGCUAGACUACUUAGAACAAAAAAACAAUCUUAGUACGUAAAUGAGCACAGGGAAGUGUACUUAACUAUAGACUUAGGGAAGUGUAACAAUCGCUUCGAACGUUGACGAUUUUUCGAUAAAAGUUCGAUAAAACUACUAACGACUAAUAAUGGAAGCUAGCACGUCGUAAGGUGCUAGAAUAGAGUGAAUAGAGAGCAAUAAGGUAGGAAGAAAUAGGUUAAGAGUUUUUUUUCUCUGCUCAUUUGUAGU